UCAUCACAGACAUUGUCGGGGCCCUCAUGUACAUCCACAAACAACCCAUUCGUGUCCACGGGCGACUGAACAGCGAGGCCUGUCUGAUUGACUCACGCUUCUCGGUCAAGGUCGCCUACUACGGUCUACCGACCAUCUACGACAGGAUACAGCUUGCAAGUAAACAGCAGAGUAACGAGAAAGAUUUGCUAUGGAAGGCACCGGAAGUCCUGAGACCAGGCGGCAUAGCAACACCGGAAGCAGACGUGUACAGUCUGGGAAUCGUCAUCUCAGAGCUGUUGACCAGGGACGAGCCAUACAGCCAGGACAAGGAGUACCUGACCAUUGAAGGUGUUUUGGCCAAGAUUCGAGACGGCCAUGAUCCGCCGUUCCGCCCUGCUGUUGCCGCCCCACCGGAAAUGGUUGCCAUAGAAACACUAAUGAGACAAUGCUGGGAUGAGAACCCGAGCAGUCGACCGCCGUUGAAUAAAAUAUUCAACAUCCUUCAAGGGCUUAUGAUGAAGGUGAACAAGUCCGGCAGUCUGGUGGACAACCUACUACAGAGGUUGGAGAAAUACAGCACCAACCUGGAGAAGAUCGUGGACGAGAAGGUCGAGGAACUCAGGCAAGAGAAGCAGAAAUCUGAGGAGCUUCUUAAACAGAUGCUGCCCGCGAGCGUUGCAGACAGGCUUAAGGCCGGCCUGACGGUGGAGCCAGAGUUCUACGACUGUGUGACCAUCUACUUCAGCGACAUCGUCGGCUUCACCGUCAUCUGCUCCCAGCUCAAGCCCGUGCAGAUAAUUAAUUUACUUAAUGACCUGUACUCCUGUUUUGACGGGAUUAUCGACUUCUAUGACGUUUACAAGGUGGAAACUAUCGGUGACGGUUACAUGGUCGUCUCCGGCCUGCCCAACCGUAACGGAAACGAACACGCGCGGCAGAUCGCCAGGAUGUCCCUGGCCUUGCUGAAAGUGAUAUCUGAGUUUACACCAGUCGAGACGUCGGAAAGUCGGCUUAAGCUUAGGAUAGGAUUACAUUCAGGUCCUGUGUGUGCUGGUGUAGUCGGUCUAAAGAUGCCACGUUAUUGUUUGUUUGGUGACUCGGUCAAUACGGCGUCAAGGAUGGAGUCUAACGGUGUCGAACUGAAGAUCCACAUGAGUGGCAGCACCGCGGGCAUACUGGAAACUUUUGGAAACUUCCAGAUCCAAUCUCGCGGCCAUAUUGAAGUAAAGGGAAAGGGAACCAUGGAGACCUUCUGGCUGCUUGGUGAAAAAGGUCCCUGACCUUUAUCUAGAGGACCUUAAUUUUCCGACGGUGGCUAGUGAUGUUGUAAUGAAUAUGUACAUACAACUUACAAAUAAAAUGCGUGUUUUUACUCACAAGGGUAUCUUGAAUUUAGCUCCAAAUUUUAAAAUCACAUAAAGACGGCAGACACUAGAUUUCUAGUAUCUUCUUACCUUUUUAUUAUGCAAUCUUUAAAAAAAUAAAAAAAAUUAAAAUACAAAACGAAUUAAAAUAAAAUAUCUUCAGUUGUAUUUAAUACUAGAGAUUCUUGAGUUAAAACAUUAAUUGAAUCAAGGGUGUAUAACAAAUUCUAUUUACAUUUUUAAUUCAUAAAGGUUUACCUCCCUUUUUCUCUUGUAGCAUAGUAAAAAUGCUUCACAAUUGACGGUAUAAGUUAAUCGAU